AUGACUGACUGGAAGCUAUCCCACAAACACAAACUAACCCAACACUAACACCAACACCAACACUUUGUUGUUCUCUUUGUAGCUUCAUCUCAUCACAAUUCUUGUUCUUCUUCUUUGAAUAUCCAUGCACUAAGGCUGGCCGGAAGUGCAAGCCGAUCUCCGGCCACGGGUUUUUUUAAUAGAUAUAGCUGCUCAAUCUUAGUUAUGCAGGGAAUGUCAGCAUCGACCACACCGGAUGCAGCUUAUCCCCCAUCCUCACAGCAUGUGGCCUCCCCGCCAAUUACUGUCGUUCUGACCGUCCUUCUCCUUGUGUUCUUCUUUGUGGGAUUCUUUUGUAUUUACUUUUGCAAGUGUUUCAUGGACCAUAUCCUUACCUCUUUUCAGCGCUCUCCCUCCGGGGACCUCGUGGGCACGGCGGUUGUACCUAAAGAAGGCCUUGACGUCUCACUCAUAGAAUCAUUUCCAACUUUCGUGUAUGCAAGCGUCAAAGAUUACCGGAUAGAGCAGUACGGCCUAGAAUGCGCAAUUUGCUUGGUGGAGUUUGAGGACGAUAGCAUGCUGCGCCUCUUGACGGCUUGUUGCCAUGUUUUCCAUCAAGAAUGCAUCGACCUCUGGCUCGAGUCUCACAAAACUUGUCCAUUUUGUCGUGGAAAUCUCGAAUCACUGCCCUCGAACUUAGCGGAAAAGUCUCCGGUGCUUGCUCACGAGAAUGUCGCCAUGCAGGAAAUUCAUGAAGGGAAUGAGCCUGUGUUGUUGGAUCCGGAUGCUGUCCACAUUGAUAUCAAAGGUGAACAAGGCCAAGACCAACAUCAUCAAGGAACUAGUGCUAGUGAUUCGUGGCCUCCGAAUAAAAAUAAUAACAAUAGCAAUAUGGUUGCAGAAGAUGAACAAAGUAGUAGAACUAACCAUGAUCAUCAAAACGUAGAGAAUGAAACCGAAAGAUUUUCGAGGUCACAUUCGACAGGGCACUCCAUAGUUAGGCCUAGAGCAGAGGAGGAUAGAUAUACACUGAGAUUGCCAGAGCAUGUGAAGAUAAAACUUCUAAGAGGGCAUCAUAACUGGACAGGAAGCUGUACCACAUUUGGGGAGUUCUCACGCCAAACACACAAUGCGGCUGGUGGCCACUUUGGAGAGGUCUCUGGCUCUGCUGGUGGAGGAGACAUUAACAGACUUUAAUUUUUUGUAUUUUCGUUAAUUUGUUUCUCUUCAAGAUCUUCAAAUAAUUUUUUUUUUCUCUCC